UUUGUAUUAAAAUUUUGCAUAUAAGUUGAAUGUCAUCGCAAUAUAGAUUUAUUUCUUCAAUAGCUACGAGAACAAACAGUCAUACUCGUUAUGUUUAACUUGAUUAAUUCAAAGACGAAAUUUCCUCACUCCAGGAAGGAUAUUUAUAACUGGAAAUCCCCAUACGCAAAUAAGGUGUACAACAGCAUCUUGGACUUUGUAGGAAACACACCGCUUAUCAAACUUAAUAGAAUCCCCAAAGACCAUGGACUUUCUUGCGAAAUCUAUGCUAAAUGUGAAUUUAUGAACCCGGGCGGCUCCGCCAAGGAUCGGAUAGCACUUGCGAUGCUUAGAGAUGCAGAACAUGGAGGAUAUAUUAAUGAAGAUACACAAUUUGUUGAACCUACAUCUGGAAAUACAGGCAUUAGUGUCGCUUUAAAUGCUGCCUUGUUAGGUAAGAAAUGUUACAUCAUAAUGGGAGAAAAAAAUUCUUCUGAAAAAAUGAAUACCAUGCGAUUAUUAGGCGCUGAAGUAAUAGUAACAAAUAAAUCACCUACGCUUUUGGCUAGGGAAAUAAAAGACGCCCACCCAGACACUAUAGUUAUGUUGGAUCAGUUUGAAAAUAAUGUCAAUCCAAAAAUCCAUUACGAAACUACUGGAAUGGAGAUUUUGGAUGCUUUGGGUAAAGUAGAUAUGCUUGUAUCAGGAGUCGGUACUGGGGGCACUUUAAGUGGAGCAGGACAUAGAAUUAAAGAGAAGUACCCUAAAUGUGUUAUUGUGGUCGCUGAACCUGACGGAUCUACAAUGUUCAAUUCGGAUGGCAAACAACAUCCAUUUUUGGUAGAAGGCAUCGGAGGUUCAGUUGUUCCAAUCGUAAUGGAUAAAUCUAUUGUUGAAGCCUACGAAGUUGUAACAGACGAAGAAAGCUUUUCAAUGGCCAGGGAAGUUAUUCAAAAGGAAGGGUUACUCUGCGGAGGAAGCAGUGGAGCAAUAAUUGCUGCAGCAAUUAAAACAGCUCGCAAGCACAAGCUCGGUUCUGGACAACGCAUUGUUGUAGUUCUACCAGAUGGAAUACGGAAUUAUAUGUCUAAGUUCGUCAGUGACCAAUGGAUGGAAUCACAUCUAUUUAUGGACCCACCUGAACAUACUAUGAGGUGGUGGACAGAUCCAAUCACUAACUUAAUUUUAAAUCACACUUAUCCUAUUAUAGCCGAAACCUACACUUGCUCAGAAGCAUUGACAGAAAUGAAGCAGGAGAAUAUAGCUAUUGUAGUUAAUAGCAAAGGAUGGUUCGUAGGUGCGGUUUCCAAGGAUAAUUUCCGAAACUUAGCUACAAAUCCAACGAAAUUACCAUGCCAAAAGUCAGAAGACUUUAAUUUUAAAGAUCCAGUAACCGACCACUUGAUAAAAGAUUGCUAUAAAUUGGCAAAGAAUGGAAAGAAAGGAAUGCCAACAAUAGGCCUCCUAUCCCGUAUGUUAGAUAUAACUCAGUUUGUAGUCAUCGGUCGGAAUAUCUAUGAAUCCGAAGAAGUUCCGUUUAAACCCGAGUGUGUGGCUACAGGUGAUGAUAUCCUCAAUUAUAUAUUUUCAUCCAGCUAUGAGGAUCAGAGUCAUACAAAGAGGCUCGUAAAGCACGUGAAAAUGGAAAACGGUACAUCGAAGUUUUUUAACCUCAAGGAAUUUCCUCAUAUUGUUAGAGCUUUGGACAGAAAUCUAAAGAUACAGGAGAAUGUAUUAAAUGUUAUUGGUAACACUCCAUUGGUUAGGCUAUCGAAAAUACCUAAGCAAGAAGGUAUCCAAUGUGAAAUGUAUGCAAAAUGUGAAUAUUUGAACCCUGGUGGUUCAGUGAAAGAUCGAAUUGCAUAUAGAAUGGUAUUGGAUGCUGAACAGAGGGGUAUACUGAUACCUGGUAAAUCUGUGAUUAUAGAACCAACAUCAGGAAACACUGGAAUAGGCUUAGCCCUUGCUUCUGCUGUGAAAGGCUAUAGAUGCAUCAUCGUAUUACCAGAAAAGAUGUCAGAUGAAAAAGUUAAUACUCUGCAAGCACUUGGUGCAGAAAUCAUCCGAACACCCACAGAGGCUGCAUCUGACUCACCAGACAGCAAUAUAAGUGUUGCCCAGCGUUUAUCAAAAGAGAUUCCUAAUGCUGUACUUUUGGAUCAGUAUAACAAUCCAUGCAACCCACUUGCACAUUAUGAUGGAACAGCUGAAGAGAUCCUCUGGUCUCUGGAUGACAAUGUAGAUAUGGUAGUAAUUGGUGCGGGAACAUGCGGCACAGUUUCUGGCAUUGGUCAUAAAAUUAAAGAGAGAUGCCCCAAAUGUAUUGUAGUGGGUGUAGACCCUCAUGGAUCUAUACUUGCACAGCCUGAAGAACUUAACAAAUCUGAUGUUCAAAUGUAUGAGGUGGAGGGAAUUGGCUACGAUUUUUUGCCGCGUUCCCUGGACAGGAAAGUCAUAGACAAAUGGGUUAAGACGGAAGACAGCUCGUCAUUACAAAUGUCCCGGAGACUUAUUAAAGAAGAAGGAUUACUCUGUGGUGGCAGUAGUGGUGCCGUGAUGUGGGCAGCUGUGCAAGUCGCGAAGACCUUGAAGGCAGGACAGAAAUGCGUUGUCCUAUUACCGGACAACAUUCGUAAUUAUAUGACAAAAUUCAUCUCAGACCAAUGGAUGGAAACGAGAAACUUCAAACCUUACCCCACUAAUGACAAAUUGUGGUGGUGGAACAAAGUACUUACUGAAAACGAAGAUCUUAUUCAGGCAACUAAAAGUUUAUCACAAAACAGCUCAAUCAGUGAAGCUAUCGUAACAUUGAGGGAGAGUAAAGCACCGGUUGUCAACAUUGUGGAUGAUAAAGGAUCAUUAACAGGAAUUUUCACAGCAGACAAUGCUAGGAAGAGGUUGGCAAACUUAUCGGGCAGUGUUGUAGAAGGUCUAGAAAAAUUCACUGUAAAAAAAUUCUAUAAAAUUAAUCUCUCAAAUAGUUCCACACUAGCUGCUGUAUCCAGAAUGCUUGAUAUUGCUCCAUAUGUGGUGGUUGUCAAAACAGACACAUCAAGUAAUAUCCAGAAACCAAUCGGUGUAAUAACUUCUGAUGAUCUUUUGACAUACAUCACCAACAAAGGCAAUCAGUUGAAUGGAAAAUAAAGUCUUCCUUAGUUUAUUUGCAGAAAACGUAAUAUAUUUUAUAAGACAAUAUUAUUUAAUCAAAUAUAUUCACAAAAUAUAUGUUAACCUUUACUUUAUUGGACUCAAAUGUAGAUUCAAAGAAUAAAAGAAAUACAUAUUUGUAUUCUCUAAGGCUCAAAUGUACUAUAUCUCAAUAUGACAAAUAAUAUUUAUACACUUUGUAACGAAAAUGGAAUAGAAAUAGUUUUAUGACUGCCAACUGUACUUAAUAUUCAAUGACGAAAAAAUUAAUAGACAAUUUACUAAAGCAUUUACCACCUCAUUCCAUAGUGCAUCAAAUAAACAUUUAUGUUAAAUUCGACUUAAGUAACCUUACAAAUUAAUCAAUAAAACUGUUGUAAUACAUUUAUA